AGGACAUAGUCUCUAUACCGUCUUUGUGUAGGACAUAGUCUCUAUAGCUUCCUUGUGUAGGACAUAGUCUCUAUACCGUCUUUGUGUAGGACAUAGUCUCUAUACCUUCCUUGUGUAGGACAUAGUCUCUAUACCGUCUUUGUGUAAGACAUAGUCUCUAUACCUCCCUUGUGUAGGACAUAGUCUCUAUACCGUCUUUGUGUAAGACAUAGUCUCUAUACCUCCCUUGUGUAGGACAUAGUCUCUAUACCGUCUUUGUGUAAGACAUAGCCUCUAUACCUUCCUCGUGUAGGACAUGGUCUCCAUACCAUCCCUUGUAGGACAUAGUCUCUAUAAUUUCUGUUGUAGAAUAUGAUCUUCAUACAUUGCCUUGUAGGGCACAGUCUCUAUACUUUCCUUUGUAUGACAUACUCUCUAUACUUUCUGUAUGUAGGAUACAGCCUCUAUACUUUCUGUAUGUAGGGCACAGUCUCUAUACUUUCCUUUGUAUGACAUACUCUCUAUACUUUCUGUAUGUAGGAUACAGCCUCUAUACUUUCUGUAUGUAGGGCACAGUCUCUAUACUUUCCUUUGUUUGACAUAGUCUCUAUACUUUCCCCUGUAGGGCACAAUCUCUAUCAUUUCUAUUAUAGGACACAGUCUCCAUAAAUCUACUCUCUACGCUGCCUUGUGUGACUUAGAUGGUAUAUGAUCCAUGCUGGGCACAACCUGGGGUGGUCUCCAGUCAUCACUCCAGGUUGUUCUCUAGUCAUGUUUCUCCAGUUUGUAGCAGAUAGGAGGUGUCCUCAUGGGGUCGGUGAUUACUAUGGAGCUCACAGCAUUUCCCAUUCAGCCGAUACGACGCACGGCCGCGAUCUCCAGUUGCUGAAUUCUCAGAAGUGUAUUGUGUCGUCUUGUGAGCAGAACCUGAGCAAAUACAGAAGUCUCCAUUAUGUGAUGGGAAGAGGCGACUGAUAAAACAACGGGGGUGGGGGUCCGUGUGUAUGAAGCGCACACUCUACAGAGAGAGCACGGAGGUGGUGAGAGUCAAGGGAAGAUUACCAGUUCCCAUUAUCCCAAGUUACCUUUACACCAUGACCCAUGAAUCUAAUAACAGUGACUUUCAGGGGGUAACAAGUGGGACCCCAACAUCGGGCAGCUUCCAGGCUAUCUUCUCCUACUACGACAACACAACCCUGGUCACGGCAAAUGUCACAGAGAGGUCACGACCGGAGGGGGCAGACGUGGUAACAACCCAGACACCUGCCCCAUUCAGCACGACUCCACCCGAUGACUGCCCCAAGGCGGACUCCACCCUACUGAAUGAAAACGUCAAAGUGGGAUUAUUGUUUGCAUCAAAGGCAACUGUUCAGCUGCUGACCAAUCCGUUCAUUGGGCCCCUGACCAACAGGAUUGGUUAUCAGAUCCCAAUGUUCGCUGGCUUCUGCAUUAUGUUUCUCUCCACAAUCAUGUUCGCCUUCUCAGGGACUUACACUUUACUGUUCAUUGCAAGAUCGCUGCAAGGAAUCGGAUCAUCCUGCUCCUCUGUGGCAGGUAUGGGGAUGCUGGCCAGUGUGUACACAGACGACGAGGAGCGAGGCAACGCCAUGGGGAUCGCGCUGGGAGGACUUGCCAUGGGAGUGCUGGUGGGACCUCCAUUUGGAAGCAUCUUGUAUGAGUUUGUAGGGAAGACGGCGCCGUUCCUUGUUCUUGCAGUCCUGGUUCUAUUUGACGGAGCUCUUCAGCUCUUCAUCCUUCAGCCUUCUAGAGUUCAGCCUGAGAGUCAGACGGGGACAUCACUAUUUACCCUCCUGAAAGACCCGUAUAUAAUCAUUGCUGCAGGAUCCAUCUGUUUUGCCAAUAUGGCAAUUGCCAUGAUGGAACCAGCUCUGCCAAUCUGGAUGAUGGAAACCAUGUGCUCUAGAAAAUGGCAGCUCGGUGUGGCCUUCCUCCCCGCCAGUAUCUCUUAUCUCAUAGGAACCAAUAUCUUCGGGCCCCUGGCCCACAGGAUGGGGAGGUGGCUUUGUGCGUUCAUCGGGAUGAUGCUGGUGGGGUUAAGCGUUAUAUGUGUGCCAUUUGCUAAGGACAUCUAUGGGUUAAUAGCACCAAAUUUUGGAGUUGGAUUUGCUAUUGGGAUGGUGGAUUCGUCGAUGAUGCCCAUUAUGGGUUACCUGGUAGAUCUGCGUCACGUCUCGGUCUACGGCAGCGUUUACGCCAUUGCAGACGUGGCCUUCUGUAUGGGGUUUGCAUUAGGGCCGUCAGCCGGAGGGGCCAUUGCUAAAUCUAUUGGGUUUCCUUGGCUGAUGACAAUUAUCGGAAUAGUCGAUAUCGUCUUUGCUCCACUCUGUCUGUUCCUCCGAAGUCCUCCGGCCAAAGAAGAGAAGAUGGCAAUCCUCAUGGAGCACAACUGCCCGGUGAAGAAACGCAUGUACACGCAGAACAGCGAGCAGCCGUAUUUCGCUGCCGACGAGGAGACGGAGAGCGACGAAUAAGCCGGGGACUCUGCCGGACGCAGCUAGUUGUACUUAACAUUUCAUUGUCGUAUCAUUGGUCUAACAGUGACAUAGUAACAAGCCAAAGGUCUCUCGUUCUGUUCUAGCGGAGCGGCGGUUCGCGUCACGGAGAGCUGCCAUCCUCCUCAGCCGGGGUAAGACUGCAAACAUCAAGCAUGUGUGUCACCCCGCCGGUGCACGUUACAGUCUUACCACUACAAUCCGAGAAUCACACAUAUAUCCCGUUCGCCACCAUCAUGUCCUUGUGAGCGGCCCGGCUAAAUGUCCGCCAUCUUGUCCUAUUUAUCCAGUUUUGGGUUGAAGAGGGGGGCCCCCCCCCCGGAGAUCACUCCGCUCCUAUCUGCGGCCCGCGCUCUCUGUGCCGAUUCCGCUCACCCAUUCUGCCCCAGGGUGUGACGUAUUCUACGCACAUUUACCAACCGCCUUACCGGGUAACAAACACGUGAGCUUUUAUAGACCCGUUUCUAUAAAUAUAUUGUUGAGAAACUUUAUUUUAUGUAUUUCAUUUUAUUACAUAUUAUGCAAUAUAUUUUUAACUACUGUAAUUGUAAUGUAAAUGUGUAUAAAAGGCAUAAAAACCCAACACUGAGCCGCG